CAGACAAUAUAAAUUAAAGUGGUGAAGAGCUUUGUUCGUCACUCGUCGGCUGUCACCUGUUAAGUGCAGCGCUCUGGAAGAGAACAACCCUCGGCUGAAGCUCAGGCGGCGCAGUUCAAAGAACCAAUAAGUUGCAGUGGCUGACAUUUGAUACAAUGUUAAAUUCAAAACUGAGUAAUGGUUUUGAUCCACCUGGAAACACAAGUGAAGCUACUGGCAACGAGAUAAAUGGCAUCUUAUACCACCAGUAUGAACAAAAAGUGCGCCCCUAUAUUGAUCUUAUUGACUUUCUGCGGUCACUGGGCAUUGACCAGGAUCUGUCUCUGCCAUCUAUUGCUGUGAUUGGAGACCAAAGCUCUGGAAAAAGUUCAGUUCUUGAAGCCCUGUCUGGUGUGUCACUACCUCGAGGAUCUGGAACUAUAACACGAUGUCCGCUUGAAAUGAAAAUGAGGAAGAUAAGGGAAGAAAAGUCAUGGAAAGGUACACUUAAGUAUAGAGACAUUGAGAUGCACCUGCAUGAUCCUGAAUCUGUUGAAGAAGAAAUUUUAAAAGCUCAGAAUAUCAUAGCUGGCACUGCAUCAGGAAUUAGUCCAGAACUAAUAAGUCUAAAAAUUGAAUCCAGUCAAGUACCAGAUCUCACCCUUAUUGACCUGCCAGGAAUUGCAAGAGUGGCAGUUGGUGACCAACCCAGUGACAUUGGAGAACAGAUUAAGUGUUUAAUCCAGACAUUCAUAGAGAAACAAGAGACAAUCAUUCUGGUUGUUGUGCCCAGUAUUGUUGAUAUAGCAACUACAGAGGCUUUAAAAAUGGCAAAGGAAUUUGAUCCUGCUGGGCAAAGGACACUGGGCAUCUUGACAAAACCAGAUAUGAUUGAUAAGGGAAAUGAAGAAAAAACAGUGGCUGUGGUUCGCAAUCUUGUCAUUGAGCUGAAGAAGGGAUACAUGAUUGUGAAGUGCCGUGGACAAAAAGAUAUUAAUGAAAAUCUUUCUCUGGCAGAUGCAAUCGAAAACGAGAGAGUCUUUUUUGAGGAGCACCCAUAUUUUAGACCUUUUCUUGAUGAUAAGAAAGCAACAAUUACAUUUCUGGCUGACAAAUUAACAAAUGAGUUGGUGGGACACAUUUGUGAAUCACUUCCUAACCUUCAAAGAAAAAUUGAAGAUAAACUUGAUAAGACAGCUACAGAACUGAAAAAGUACGGGAAGCCAGUUCCAGUGGCAGAUAAAGAGAAGAUUUCCUUCCUAGUUGAAAAACUACAAAACUAUUAUGAUGACAUUUCCAGUAUAAUGAAAGGGGAAGAAAAGGUUGAAGGCGAAGAAAGCAAAGUUUUCAAUCAGGUGCGAGAGAAGUUUGGAGGCUGGAAAACAGAGUUGGACAGAUCUUCUACACAAUUCAGAAAUGAUCAUUGGAAUAUAGAAGAUGUCAUGAAGAAAAACAGAGGAAAAGAGCUUCCAGGAUUUAUCAGUUAUUCAACUUUUGAAAAAUUUGUAAAGCAGAAAAUUGAAAAUUUAGAAGAUCCAUCCAUUAAGUUACUGAAUGCCGUAUCAGAGCUAAUGCGUUCAGCAUAUACAAAGACAGCAAAGACUCAUUUUGAAAGUUUUCCAAACUUACUCUUGGUGAUAAAGAACUUGAUUGGAGAUAUUUUGGAAAAAGAAUUCCAGGAAGCUGAAAAAAUGUUGCAUUCUCAGUUUGAUAUGGAAAAAAAUAUUUUUUCGCAAGAUUCCAUUUACAGUACAAUAUUGACUAAAAUGAGGUCUAUAUAUUCAAAACAAACUGAUGCGUCUUUGAUGAACGGUCAUUUGAAUACGUACUUUGAGAUUACUUCUGAUCGACUAGCAAACCAGAUUCCUUUGAUCAUCCUGCACUAUAUUGUUAAUCAGUAUGGAACUAGGCUGCAAAAACAGGUACUGGAGCUCAUUCAAGGGGACAACAAUGUUAAUGAGCUGCUUGAGGAGAACAGAGAAAUUGAAGAAAAAAGAAAUUUCAUAAUAGAGCGAAUGGAGCGGCUUAAAAAAGCCAAAGAACAACUGAAUAAAUUUAGCACUUAGGUUGCGAUAUUUAAGUACUCCUAAAAGGUAAAAAAAAUAUUUCAAUUAUGUCAUUCAUACAAGUCAUAAGUAGCACUUCAUUGAGUCUAAUUUAAUCAUAACUUAAAUAGUGACUGAAGAGAUCACUUACAGUAAAUAUUUUAGUGGAGAUGUCAGCCAUUAUUGUAUACUUAAUAAAGCAGUAGAUGUAAAAUAUAUAUAUAUUCAUUAUCAUUGAGUAUUAAAAAGUGAUCUUUCUUCAACUGGAAAAUACAUUUUUACUGAUGUACACAGACUACAGUACAUUAUUGGGUUAAUAAAGUGUCACUGACUCUUUCAAUUUUU